AUGAAAGACAGAAAUUUACAAAAUUCAAUUGUUUCUUAUACAAGAAGUACCAAAAAACUACUAAGAAAUUUGAUGGAUGAACAUAUGAUUUCCUUGGAUUAUUUAUCUAACCAGAUAUGGAUGUUUAACAUUAGUGAGCUCAGGAAUCGAGUUCUCAUUUUGACCACAGGAGUUUGGAGAAAGCAGACCAGGUCUUUUGCUCACAGACUAGUUUAGUCCCAUAGUUUAGAUUGUAAUAUUAAAGAUACCAUUGACUUUGUCACCAAAACACCAAGUGGUUUAUAUAUUAUCCACCCAGAAGGAUCUAGUUACUCAUUUGAGAAAAUAAAGUGUUAUAUGGAUUACAGAGGAAGUGGAUGGAUGAUGAUACAGAAAAGAAUAGAUGGGGUCUCUGAUUUCCAAAUACUGUGGUGGGACUAUCUGGGUGGAUUUGGUGAACUUUCAAGUGAAUUUUGACUAGGACUAAAAAAGACCUUUCAUAUAGUAAAAAAAAACAGUUUUAUGCUGUAUAUGGCACUGGAUUCUGAAGAUGACACAUUCUCUUAUGCAUCAUAUGAUAAUUUUUGGCUAGAGGAUGAAGCGAGAUUUUUAAAAAUGCACUUAGGACAGUAUCCAGGAAAUGCUGGUGAUGCAUUCCAGGGCUUCAGAAAAGAAGAUAAUAAGAAUGCAGUGCCUUUCAGCACAUCAGAUGUGGAUAAUGGUGGGUGCUGCCCUGCCCUCCUGGGCUGUGGUCCAUCUGUGAAGAGCUACACUCAUCUCAGUAUCACUGGCUGGUGGUUCAACCAGUGAGGUCUUCUGAAUCUGAACUUCCCUGGAAAGCUGCUUGCAACUGGGAUUCAACUGGGCACAGGGAAAAACAACCUACCUGUCAAGAUUAAAUCUGUUUUAAUGAAAAUUAGAAGAAUUUACAAUCCAUAUUUUAAGUAA